AUGCAACAAAGUCAAGAAUCCUAUAAUUCGGAAGAUUUAGAAGAACUAAUGAUACAGCAACGAAAAGGUUUGGGUUCUAUUAAGGCUUCAUUAGAUGAUAUAGAAAAUGGGAUUAAAUUAAGCAAACUUACGCUGGAUGUUAAACCCGAUACUAAAUCUCAUUUGAGACAAGAAAAACGCAAAACAUUGAGACGCCCUAAUCCCUUUAUAAAAAUUAAACUGCAAAAAACCCCCGAUAUAGUGCUGUUCGAGCAACGCAGCACUACGGUUUUAAAGGACACCGAAGAGGGCCGUUUGGUGGAGCAGGAUAAUAAACGUUAUGAGUAUUUGACGGAGGGACAGGGACGUAAACGUAUAUGUUUUCCGGUGGAGACACAAACUACCCAGGAACUUACUAAAACUCGAGGAGUUAAUACAGACUCCAUAGCUCGCAGUAAUGUGGGCUCAUAUGUUUCGAAUUUCGAAAUGUUUGAUACCUAUAAGGACCUAGAGAAAACAACUCAAAGUGUGGAUGUAGAUGGUACUCAAAAGAUCCAAGUGACUACCUAUAAAGUGGGAGGUGUUGAUCAAUUUGAGGUCAUAAAUCAAACGCCUAAAUUUAAAUUGGCGUUAAUGUUGACCAUGCGCAUAUUGGCGGGUAAUACAUUUGAGAAUGAACAAAGAAGAUUUCGUAAUAUGAUUAUGCCUGAUCCUUUGGCUUUGGAAGUUAAUUAUCGCUAUAAUCUACAGCUUUUAUGGUCAUUUGCGGCUAGCUUUAGCUCUAACGAAAGUUGUUCGGUAGCGGAUAUGAGUUGGUGUCCAAAAAAUGGUGAUAUACUAGCAAUAGGUUAUGGCACUUUUAGUACGUUGAGUGGUGUGCUUCCGAAAACGGGUAGCGUUUUUAUAUGGAAUAUUAAAAAUCCCGUAAAUCCCGAAAGAAUGUAUAGUUUUCUGGCUCCCGUGGUCACAGUGGAAUUUUCACCCUACACACCACAACUUUUAGCCAUUGGUCUCUACGAUGGCAGUGUGUUCGUCUAUGACAUAAGUAAUGUUGAAAAUCCUCAAAUUAGUGUCUCACCCCGUUUGGCUACUACCAGCUGUGAGCCAAUUACUUCCAUAAAAUGGAUUGCUCAUAAUGUUAAUGAAACCAAACUUCAUGAUUUAGAACCAUUUUUGGCUUUAUCUCGAGAUGGUAUUAUUACCAGAUAUACCAUUGUUAAUAGCCCAAAUCUUUUGGGUUUCCAACAAAUGAAAUUGGAUCGUAUUGAGGGGAAAGUAGAAGGUUUAGAUAUAGAAAAGAAACUAUCGCAAAUGGAAGCUAAUCGUCAUCCUCAGGGUGUUUAUAUAUGUUUGGAUGCUUUACAUGGCGAUAUUUAUUAUGUGUUGACCGAUGAAGGCUGUUUACAUAAGUGUUCAACUAAUUAUCCUAAUCAACAUUUGGAAGUUUUGCAAUUGCAUGAGGCCGGUGUUAAUUAUAUGGAGUUUUCUCCUUGGUCUCCGAAAUUAUAUUUAACAUGUGGAAAUGAUUGGUGA